UUAUCAGCAUUUUGAUUACAUAUAUAUGUAGCAUUCUUCCUGCAGAGAACUAUAAAUUAAUCCGAAGCACCAUACUAAGUUGUAAUUCUUUCGGGUUAGUUUAUAAAAACAACAGUUCCUAUUUUUUAGUGAGUGCUAGUGCUUCAUAAGGAAAGUUUGUGAUAAAAAAGGAUAUUAAUAUGGCUUUGAUAAUAGCCGUUGGACUGCUAUUGUCAAUAAUUCUAUUAUAUUGUGUGUAUUCAAAAUGGAAGUUUCAACAUUGGACACGAAAAGGAGUUCCCCAACUAAAUCCUCGAUUAUUUUUUGGAGACACUCUUCCUUUGGUUAGAGGCCAAGCAUUAAAGGAUUUCCACUUGGGUCUUUAUCAGAAAUUUAAAUCAACUGGCGCCAAAUGCGUCGGAAUCUAUAAUGCACACAUGCCUGAGUUAGUGCCAAUUGAUAUCAUUUUACUCAAGGAUAUUAUGGUGAAAGAUUAUUCAUACUUUUCCUCGCAUGGAGUGUUCUAUCAUGAAAAGAAUGUACUCACAUCUCACUUGUUUAAUAUUGAGGGGCAAUCUUGGAAGGAGCGUCGAACGAAAUUGACUCCAGUAUUCACUUCAGCGAAAAUGAAGCAAAUGUUUGACACAGUGGCUAGUAAAAGCCCUGGAUUGGUUCGACUGGUUGGCUUGUCAGCCGAUGCAAACAAACCUGCCGACAUUAAAGAAAUUCUUUCGAGAUUUACAACUGAUGUCAUUUCGGGGGCAGCAUUUGGACUUGAGUGCAAAUCUUUGUAUGAGCCAGAUAACAUGUUUCGGGCCAUUGGAAAAGAGGCUUUUGAGCCUAAUGCCCUUAAGCUAUAUAUAGAGUAUUUAUUUCCUAGACAAUUGUUAGGAAGCAUAGGAUAUCAAACAUUCUCAAGUCGUAUUGUGUCCUAUUUCUCAAAAGUUGUAAAUGAAACUAUUCAAUACAGAGAAAAAAAUAACGUUCAGCGAAAUGACUUCAUGCAGCUUAUGCUGCAGCUGAAGCAGCACGGAUCACUCGUGAAAGAAGAUGGUUCCGUUGACGUAAAAAAAACGGAAACACAGAUCACCGACAGAGAAAUUUUGAGCGAAUCUUUCUUAAUGUUCCUGGCCGGACAUGAAACAUCUUCAAGUACAUCGACUUUUGCUUUAUUUGCUCUUUCCCAAAAUCAAGAUAUUCAAGAAAAAGUCCGGAAUGAGAUUAAUGAGGUAUUGGAAAGACACAAUGGAAAGCUCGGCUACGACGCUCUAAUGGAGAUGGAGUAUCUUGACAAAGUAAUAAGAGAAACCCUUCGUAAAUAUCCGACUGUGCCAGUUAUACCUAGGCGGUGCACCAAAGACUACCAAAUCAAAAAUACUAAUACAGUCAUUGACAAAGGAACCCGACUGUACAUUCCAGUAAUUGGUGUACAUCUAGAUCCCGAGUACUAUCCCGAUCCAGAAAGAUUUGACCCUGAAAGAUUCAGUCCGGAAAACAAGGCCAAACGACCGGACAUUGCUUGGAUGCCAUUUGGCGAAGGACCUAGGCAAUGCUUAGGAAUGAGAUUUGGGUUGCUGCAGAGCAAAGUUGCCUUAGCGUCUCUCUUGCCGACAUUCAGAUUUACGAUAAAUAAAGCUAUGAAGCCGCCAUACAUAGCUGACGCCGGUACCCUCGUGUACAUGUUCAAGCAGGAUGUGCUUUUAGACGCUACUAGAAUAAACUAGAAUAACUAUAUUUAAGUGUUGUUGUAAGGAUAUUCAGGGCAAAAUGGUAUCUAAUCCUGUUGGUGAAGCUAAUUUAAAAUAAAUUGUAGAUAUUUUGUUAAUAAUCCUUUAAUUAUACUGCGCUUAUAUCCAUAUUUAUUGAUCAUAUCUGGUUCUUUUGGCUAACAGGCUUCUCGUAUAAAAUUAUCACAUUGUUUAGCUAUAUAACAACAAUGUCAGUUAAUGAUUGUAUUUUGGGUAUAAAUGUCGCAAAUAUAGAGACGCAUGAAUUGAG